AUGAACUCUCUCAACAUCUUAACGGCCCGUGUGUCGCCGCCCCCGAGUCCGACUCAAUCACGAUCCAACAGCAUAGGUUCACUUGUAGGCCUGGCCUCCGAAGACGAUCACCAGCAUGGCGACCACCGAUCUUCCAACGAGAACGAGACCGAGCCCUUCCCUCAGGAUACAUUUGACGAAUCGCGAUUCGAAACUGAGAAGCCUAGCGAGGAAACCCCAUUGCUAGGUGAUACAGGCGAGAAUCAGACGAGGAGCUCAUGGUACCACUCUAUUCCUCGGCGAAUCGCUUCCAGCAUCAUUGGUUCUCUUCGAUGGGUUCUUGCGACUUUGGCUUCGCCAGGUGUAUAUCUCAUUGCUUGUUUCUACGACGAGUAUGGCAAUUUCGCACCCUUCUCGCAACUUGGUAAAUUGUUUGGACUGGGAGGUGGGAACAAGGCUAUGGAAGAGCCAGGCCAGGUUUCUGAGAAGGAUUAUGGUAGAACUACAGGAUAUCGGAGGCUAUCACCAAAACCCAGGCAUACUUCAUCUUCUUCGACGUCAUCGGGUCUCUCAUCGGAAUCGGAAUCGGAAGGAUCGCGCUCCAGCAGUCGGCAUGCUCGGUCUAAAUCGCUACAGCCUGCAGAGGAAACAGGUCCUGCUCGAAGGUCAAUCAGAAUUAAACUCAACAGCGACGAAGAUCUUAGGCAACGGAAGCACAGGAAAACGCAAUCGGCAGUCGCGCGAACCAAGGCAAGCGAUCUAGGCAGCGGCGACCUUUCGGCACAUCUCAAAUCUCCAACUUCUCCUAUCGCAGCGCUCACCAGGUACCCCAAGACUCCAGCACCGCCUCGACCUUUGAUUCCGCGCAGACAACCCUCGUACAUCAAUCUCGAACCACCUUCGAGCCCGCAAAAGACUUUGAUUCUCGAUCUGGACGAAACUCUGAUACACAGCAUGUCCAAGGGGGGCAGGAUGAGUACCGGACACAUGGUUGAGGUGCGCCUAAACACGACAUACGUGGGGGUUGGUGGACAGACAUCGAUUGGGCCGCAGCAUCCGAUCUUAUACUGGGUUAACAAGCGACCGUACUGCGACGAGUUCCUGAGACGAGUUUGCAAGUGGUACAAUUUGGUUGUGUUCACAGCAUCAGUACAGGAGUACGCGGACCCGGUAAUUGACUGGCUGGAGACGGAAAGGAAGUUUUUCUCGGCACGAUACUAUCGACAACACUGCACAUUCCGACAAGGCGCUUUCAUCAAGGAUCUGGCCUCGGUCGAAUCGGACCUGAGCAAGGUGAUGAUUUUGGACAACAGUCCGUUGAGUUAUCUGUUUCAUCAAGAUAAUGCGAUUCCUAUUCAGGGCUGGAUCAAUGACCCGACGGAUACGGACUUGAUGCAUCUGGUGCCACUAUUGGAAGGAUUGCAGUAUGUACAUGAUGUUAGGGCGCUGUUGGCCCUGCGGGGUGGUGAAGACGGGCAGCACAUGGCAUAA